AUGAGGAUAUCAAUUAUUUUAUUAUCCUUAUUAUUUUUAUCAUUACACUCAUUGAUUAAAGCUGACAUCACUAAAUUGAGUGUUUGUGGUUCAGCAAGAGCAGUACCAACAGCAACACAAAAUCCAAAACCAACAUGUGUAAAUGUUAAUUCACAAGGUAUACCAACAGCAGGUUUAAAUUCAGCUGCAUUUGAUAAUGGUGUAAGAUGUGGUCAAUGUUAUGAAUUGACAGGACCAUUGGGUAAAACUGUUGUAAUGGUCGCUGAUGUAUGUGAUGCUGGAUCUGCAUGCACACAAUCUGAUUUAUUUAAUUUCAUCAUUCCAAAUGAAGAAUUUGAUAAAAUUGGUAACCGUUCUGACUAUGGUAAUAUAUUUUCAUUGUGUUAUCAAAUUGUAUCCUGUGGUUAUAGUGGUAAUGUUCAAGGUGUUUUCACUGGUCCAAGUAGUUCACCAAAUACUUUUACAUAUUUCCUCAGUGUUGUAUUUUCAAAUAAUAAUGUUGCAAUUAAAAAAGUUUUAAUUAAAGGUCUUUCUUGGCCAUUAUAUGAAUCUUUGACAGGUCAAAAUGGUAAUUGGAAAUGGAAUAAAAAUUCUUAUGAAUUACAAUUCCCAGCAACUUUAUAUAUUACUAGUAAUACUGGUGAGACUAUAACUUAUAAAAUGAAUUCAAGACCAAUUACUAAUCAACCAAUUGACCUUGAUUUUCAAUUUAAUCCAAAAGCAAUUUCAAGUUUAGAGAAUAAUGAAUGUAGCAUGGCAUUAUUACCACAGUAUAUUUAUCAAGAUGGUUUAUCUUAUGGUUGGGUCGAUAGUCAAUCUUUCAAUUAUGCAAAAUUCACUGAUAAAUCAAGUGAUACUAAAAGUGGUAGUGGAACAUGUAUCAAUGCCCAAUUGGAUGGCCAUGGUGGUGUUAAAUUCACUAGAGAAGGUGAUUUCCAAACUUCAUAUUUAGAUAAACUUAGCUUUGAUAUUAAAACCUCUGCUGAUAGUAGUUCAUUUGCAGUUUAUUUUGGUGAUGUUGCAACUAAAAACAUUGACCCAUUAGUAGCCUCAACUUGGACCACUGUUGAAUUGAGUGUUAAAUCUUUAACAAAUAAUACAGUUGAAGGUUCUAUAACAUUUUUCAAUAAUCAAGCUGAUCCAAUUAAUAUAUGGUUAGAUAAUAUUAAAUGGACAUACACAGAUGAUGCUCCUCUUGAUCAACCAACAAUGGAUUUAAUUGAAGUAAAUAAUAAACCAUCAACAACAUCAGGUACUGGAACCACUUCAAGUAAACCUUCAUCUAGUAGUGGUGGUGUUAGUGGUGGUGGUAUUGGUAGUGAAAGUUCAAUCUAUGGAUUAAGUUCUGAAAACCAAGAAAAUCAAAGUGGACAUCAUGCUUCUUCAAAUACAAAUAUUUUAUUACCAACUACUUUUGUUUUCUUUAUUUCAAUUACAAUUUUAUCAUUACUUUUUUAA